AUGAAAGACAUCGAGCUCAAGCCCAUCUCCUCCGAGGUGAAGGGCAACUUCUCGUCCACAGCGUCCGAGGACGCCCAGUUCUCCAACGACGCUCCCUCCUCCGGCUGGGAGCGCUUCGUCGACAGCUUCCGUCGCCAGGAAGCAUCCGAGGCUGCAGGUAAACAGCUCCAGAAAGGUAUCAGCAAAAGACACUUGAUCCUCAUGGCCUUGGUCACAGGUGUGGGUACCGGGUUGUUGGUCGGUUCCGGAAAGGUGUUACAUAACGCAGGUCCCCUCUUCUUGAUCAUAGGGUACGCCAUCGUCGGCUCGUUCUUGUACCCCACCUUGCAGGCUGCUGGUGAGAUGGCUGUCAACUACAGUGAUCUUUCUGGAGGCUACAACAAUUACCCUCGUAAGUUCGUCGACGAGUCGUUGGCGUUCGCCAUCACCUGGAACUACUGCAUCCAGUGGUUGUCCGUCAUUGCCAUCGAGUUGGUCACCGCUGCCAUCACCAUCCAGUACUGGACCACCAAGGUCAACCCCGACGUGUGGGUGUUGAUCUUCUACAUCGUGGUGUUGUUCAUCAACUUCUACGGCUCCAAGGGUUACGGAGAGGGUGAGUUCGUGUUGGGUUCCUGUAAGUUGUUGAUGAUCACUGGGUUCAUUAUCAUGGCCAUCGUGGUCAACGUGGGUGGUGGCCCUCGUGGCGAGUUCAUUGGUGGCAGAUACUGGCACGACCCUGGUUACUACACCAACUUCAAGGGUUUGUGUACCGUGUUCGUGACGGGUGCGUUCUCGUUGGGCCAGAGUGAGUUCGUGGCUCUCUCUGCUGCCGAGCAGUCCAACCCCAGACGUGCCAUUCCCACUGCCUGUAAGUUGAUCUUCUGGAGAGUGUUCUUCUUAUUUUUGGGUUCCUUGACCAUGGUGGGUUUGUUGGUUCCUUACAAGUCCGACAGAUUGAUGGGCUCUGGCGGUGGAGGCUCCCACGCCUCGCCUUUCGUGCUUGCUGCCGAGCUCCACGGCGUGCCCGUCGUUCCAUCCAUCAUCAACGCCGUCAUUCUCUUGUCGGUGACUUCUGUGGCCUCGUCGUCGUUGUACUCGGCCUCUAGAACCUUACAAUCAUUGGCUGAACAGAACUUCGCCCCAUCCUACUUCAACUACAUCGACAAGGCCGGAAGACCAUUGAGAUCGUUGAUUGCAUGCUCCAUCAUCGGGUGCUUCUGUUUCAUUGCUGCUUACAAGAAGCAAGAAACCGUUUUCAACUGGUUGUUGGCUAUUUCCGGAUUGUCCCAACUUUUCACCUGGUUCGGUAUUUGCAUGAGUCACGUCAGAUUCAGAGCUGCUUUGCGCUACAACAACAUCUCGCUCGACUCCUUGGGGUACGUGGCUUCCACCGGUGUUUGGGGCUCCAUCUACGCCAUGACCUGGCACGUUCUCAUCUUGAUUGCCCAAUUCUGGAUCGCAUUAUUCCCAGUGGGUUCCGGCAAGCCAGAUGCCGAAAACUUCUUCCAACAGUACCUUGGUGCCAUUGUGUUGAUUUUCUUCUACUUGGGCCACAAGAUCUAUACUAGAAACUGGACCUUGUUCAUCAGAGUCCAAGAUAUGGACAUCCACACCGACAGAACCAUCUUCGACGAAGAAGUACUCAACUUGGAAAAGCAAGAAGAGGCCGAGAGAUUCAAGAACAGCUCGCUUCCAAAGAAGGUUCUCAACUUUAUGUUUAGUUAA